UUCGCUCGAAGUUGUUGUUAGUCUUCUAGUGACAUGAUUGAGUUUUUUUCUUUUCAAAUAAGAUAUCUAUAGUAAUUCAACGAUCUCAUCAGCUUAACACCUCCAAGACAGAGUCAUGUGAGUUCUUUCUUCUACAUGUCCCACUCUUGUAUAAGAAGCCCACGGUUUCUAUCAAACCAAAUGGAAUUGGUUGGUAUAUAUAUUUCAUUGUUUUGAUCAUCAUCAUAUCCUAUCCAAAGCAAAACAACUUCUUCAGCCAUAACCAAAUAAGCUAAACGAGAACUCCAAGCUGAAUUAAUAUUUUUUUUCCAAGAUCCAUCAGCAGAAGAAAUGGGCGUGUUCCGAGGACUUAUGGGUGCAAAGAAGAUCUUUCACGGCCGAUCAAUGGGAGCUUCAACACCAAAAGGGUUUCUUGCAGUGUAUGUUGGGGAAAGCCAGAUGCAAAGAUACAUAGUGCCAGUCUCGUACUUGAGCCAGCCUUCAUUUCAAGCUUUGUUGAGUAAAUCGGAACAAGAGUUUGGGUUUGACCAUCCAAUGGGCGGCUUGACCAUCCCUUGUCCCCAAGAAACUUUUAUCACUGUCACUUCUCAGCUUCAUUAGUUCCAGUUCACAAAGAUCACAUACAUAUAUGUAACAAUUUUAUUUUAGGUCAUUGUUAGAUAGAUGCCCAAGAUAUUUUAGAACCCUGUGUAAUUACUGACGGAGAAGAUUUAUAAAUUACAAUUUUUGCA